AUGUCGUACGGCUACAAAAGCAGAAACGAAGAUUACGAGGACGAUAGUCGAACGGCGCCGGUCGAAAGCUUUGUCGUCUUUGGUACUGCCUUUCCUGAACAAACGGAAAAAGACCGACGAGCCGGGGUAAGCGAUGCAGGACAAUUCGUCCCCGUGUGGAAACAAGAAGCCAGAGACGAAAAAGGUCGAAGACGAUUCCACGGUGCGUUUACAGGCGGCUUUUCUGCCGGUUACUUUAAUACAGUAGGAUCAAAAGAAGGAUGGCAGCCUUCGAAUUUUGUUUCGUCCCGAUCGUCCAGAAACCAACAGCGAGAACUGCGACCAGAGGAUUUCAUGGAUGAAGAAGAUUUGCAGGAAUUAGCUGAUGCUCGAAAGCUGGUGGCGACGGAAGAGUUUGAUAUCUUGGGUGGCACCGAGAAAGAAAUGGCGGCUCGGCGACAACAGCAGCAGGAAGAUGAGGCGAGAGGUGGCACACUUGGAUUCUUAGGAAGCAGUUUAAUGAAUCUGAUCGGACCCUCCAAGGAUUCGGUGGGGAUCAAACUGCUACGUAAAAUGGGCUGGAAACCUGGCCAAGGCAUCGGGCCUCGCUUAUCACAAAAACAAAAACGAGACUUGGGUGAAGAUGAGGAGGAGGACGACGACGACGCUAUGCUUAAUGUCACCUUUGCACCGCGCGAUACCCCCAUUGUGGAUUUCACCAAUAAAACCAACGCUCACGGUCUCGGUUACGACAUUGAAAAGUACGUGCCUCAAGUAGCUGAGAUGCGACGACUCCGAGAUUUGAAAGGAUCAAGAGAGACCGACGAAACGUUCGGAGGCACGCAACGGUCUGCGUUUGGUGUGUUACAGGGCGGUGGCGCAGGAGGAUUCGGUGUAGGCACGUUUGAAGACGAAGAUGAAGAUAUGGAUGUCUACGGCGAUUCAAAACUGCGAGACUACCACCAUUCGCUCUACGACGAUGACAUGGAUCAAGACCGAGAAAUAACAAGCACAAAACGUCGACAUACUGAAUCAAAAGACGACAAUGUCUCCAAGAAACGGUGCACAGACGGAAGAUAUCCACUCAAAGGAUUUAUUGUCUCGAUCCAAGCACAACAACUAGGCAAAUGGUAUCCACCACCCACGGUUCCGGCUGAUUUUGAUGAACGAAAAUCGGUGAUCUCUGUAGAAGGAUCGACGGCUGUGGCUGCACCACAGUACGGACUGACUUCGGAUGAGCGGGGGGCAAUGUUGGGUGAGAAGCCGAUUGAAGCACGAUCUGUUUUCGAUUACAUGCCGCAGCGAUCCAAAGAUCAAUUGGACACAGUCUUGAAAUUCGUUAUCGACUCCGGUAAAGACCGAUCCAAGCUGGCCGAUUUUCCUACCAUCACAAAAGAAGUGGCCAAUCUGGCCCUUCGCGGUUUCAUGCCGUACGGUGACAAUCCCAAUAAACAAGGGCGGUAUCGUGCGUACCUGGAGAACCAAGCCGGUCUGUUGAGCGAAGAUGGGAUCCCCAAGGACAGCUUACCCAUCCCGGAAGGAUUGACGUAUGAACAGGGCAUGAAAGAACUAGACGAGUUUGCCAAAGCGGCUCGCAUUUUCCGGCCCGUGAGUGCCAUGAUGCAAGGACGAUUCGCCUCGGCUCGAGGUGCAACGAGUACCCUCGAUCAACCCUCGUCCAUGGGUGGUCUGAAAACCGAGUCGGAAUGGCGUAAAGAAAAAGAAGAACGAGAAAAGCACGAAGUCAAGGCACCUCAGAAAGAGUUAUCUCAAGAAGCGCAAGCGGCCGCCAUGAAAAUGUUUGGUCAGCUCACACGAAAGGUCAAACCAUUUUAUCCUGCGCGAUUGGUAUGCAAACGAUUCAACGUUCGUAAUCCUCAUCCCCAUCAUGAUCCAAAUGCUUCAGCCGGUGAUCUGAGUCGGACCCAAGCGGGAUCUCGUGAAGCCUUGAGCGAGCAGUCGAUGGAACAUAUGUUGAAAGAUCGCGUCCCAGCUCCGCCUAAACCUAUCGAACAUGAUCCAGCAUUGAGUGCUGUUAUACCCAAACCUUCAGAACGUACCAAAGACAAUGCCGAGCAAGCACCUACGGAUGUUGGCAUUCCACAAACGACGCCUGGAUCCAUGCCGCCGGCAGAUGGACCAGCCUUGGAUUAUGAACGUCCGUCGAUGGAUAUAUUCAAAGCUAUUUUUGAAAACUCGGAGGAUGAAGAUGAAGAAGAACAAGACUACGAGGCCGGAGCGCUAGCUGAAACAGGGGUUUCUGCGAAACAGUCAUCCACCGCACCAUCGUCAACAGCCAUGGAAGAAGAAGAGGACGACGAUUUUGUUGGACCACCUCUACCGCCACCGCCAGAACCCGAGCCAAAGUCUGAACCGGCUCAACCCUUCCGUCCCAUGUUCAUAUUGCCAACGGAGCGCAACAAAAGUAGUACAGGAGCAACCUCAUCAGGUAUGCCAUCGGUUGUUUCUGAAGAGAUCGUUGUGCAACCUUUCAGGUCUCGUACAGAUCGGGAUCGGUUAAAGCGGCGUCACGUCUCCGUGAGCGAUGAAGAAAGCAGAGAAGAAAGCGAGGAAGAAGAAGAUCAUGAUGAUCGAAGAAGGCAUAGCCGUAGCCGAUCCAAACAUCGAAAACGUAGCCGCAGCAGAGAGCGACAUCACAAGAAAGACAAAAAGAAGAAGAAGGAUAAACACCGUCACAAACAUAAGCGAAGUUCAUCUCGGCGACAUGCCAGUUCCGAUGAAGAAGAUACAACCAAAAGAUUGAUCGAGGAAGCAGAAUGGGUGGAGAAGGAACCGUCUACUUCAUUGGCCGAAUCACGGCGAGAGAAACCGAAAGAUCAAGGAGGAGACAGUAGCCAUCGUCAGCGGCAACGUAUGCGGGCGGUCGACUUUUGGUAA